AUGGCUCAGAAAUAUAAUGAUCACCAACGCUUCGCAAACUUAUUUCGACAUUCGAAAUUUGUACAGCUUGCUGAUUUUGAAGGGCGAAUAGUUAUAGGUGAAAUUGUACGCCGAGUCGCGGAUGAUUUAUAUAUCGAUAUGGGAUUGAAAUUUAACGCCGUGUGUAAAGCACCGAUGAUGAAAAACGAGUUAGUUACUUGAAUAGGAGAGAAGGUUCUUCUUCGUUUACAUGAUCCCGAACUUUCUGAACUAUUUUUGGGUUCUACAAUAGAGUUAACGUUGUUGGAAGCAGAUGCAACUCUUCUCGGUCUUUAUCGUCCUCAUGCGGAUGAAUCAAUAAAAACUGCUUUCCUUGAAAGCAUAGUAAAAGAAGUGAAGAGGAUUGAAGCUUCAAUGUCGAAAGGUACUGCUGGUGAAUCGGAAUUGAACAAAUCUAUUAAAAUAAUGGAGAAAUCAGUGCCGACAGGUUCUCCCGAAGAUGACUUUGGUCUCUUGAAUGCUGAUACGAAUCAGACGAAGCUUUUAGUACGAUCGGAUACUAUCGUGCCAUCAGCUGGUCGAGAAGGUACUUCGAUUGCACCGCAGAUUUACAGAGGUCGUACUAUGGCUGUUUUCACCAGCGGUGGUGAUGCAUCUGGAAUGAAUAGCGCUGUACGCUCAGUGGUUCGAAUGGGUGUUUAUCUUGGAUGUCGAGUUUUUCUCAUUUAUGAAGGAUAUCAAGGAAUGGUAGAUGGUGGAGAUAAUAUAAAAGAAGCAGAUUGGCAAUCAGUAUCGGAUAUCAUACAGCGUGGUGGCACUGUUAUUGGAUCAGCACGUUGCAAAGAUUUUCGAGAGCGAUGGGGACGUUUGCAAGCUGCUGAAAAUCUUAUCAAACAUCGCAUUACCAAUCUUGUAUGUAUUGGAGGUGAUGGUUCAUUAACGGGCGCUAAUCUUUUUCGACAAGAAUGGCAUGAAUUGGUAGAAGAGCUUUUGUCAAAUGGAAAAAUAACAAAAGAAGAGGCGACGGAAUGCAGUAACAUCCAGAUUGUUGGACUUGUUGGUUCCAUUGACAACGAUUUCUGUGGCACAGAUAUGACCAUUGGUACUGAUACAGCGCUGCAACGGAUCUGCGAGGCAAUUGAUUGCGUCAUGUCAACAGCGCAAAGUCAUCAACGUACAUUCGUUAUUGAGGUGAUGGGUCGUCAUUGUGGUUACUUGGCACUGGUUGCUGCACUAGCUUCUGAAGCAGAUUUCUGUUUCAUACCGGAAUGGCCAGUACCAGCGGAUUGGCCCACAAUAUUAUGCCAGAAACUGCGAAUGAUGCGUGAAGCAGGGUCGCGUCUAAAUAUUGUGAUUGUUGCAGAAGGCGCACUGGAUAGGGAAGGAAAAAGUAUUACCGCUGAAACGGUUCGUGCAGUCGUAAAGGAAACUUUGCAUUACGACACACGUGUGACUGUGUUGGGUCACGUACAACGUGGCGGUAAUCCAUCAGCUUUUGAUCGAUUGCUUGGAUGUCGUAUGGGUGCGGAAGCGGUACAUGCUUUGAUGGAAAUGACACCGCAAUCAGAACCUUGUGUUGUUUCGAUUGAUGGCAAUGUGAUUGUACGCGUUCCACUCAUGCAAUGUGUUCAACGUACACUAGCGGUAAAAAAGGCAAUGGACGAACGUGAUUGGGAAACAGCUGUGAAAUUAAGGGGUCGAAGUUUUCAACGAAAUCUUGAAACUUAUCGUUUGCUCACAAAAGUGGAACCGAAGAAAGUUGAUGCAAAUGCACCAAAUUACAAUUUAGCUGUAAUUAAUGUUGGUGCACCUGCUGGUGGAAUGAAUGCAGUAGUGCGUUCGUAUGUCCGUAUGGCACUUUAUCGUGGAUGCAGAGUUUUUGGUAUAAAGAAUUCAUUCGAAGGGCUUUGUCGGGGAGAGGUGCAGAACAUGGCUUGGGGCGAUGUCAAUAACUGGGUAAUGUACGGUGGCUCAUUUCUUGGAACACAGAAGCAAUUGCCCGAUAAGAUUAUAGAUAAAGUUGCUGAUGCGUUUGAAAAGUACAAAUUUCAUGGAUUACUACUUGUGGGUGGAUUCGAGGCCUUCCAUUCUUGCUUACUUCUUUCACGUGCCCGUGAUAAAUAUCCAUCACUACGAAUACCAAUGUGUGUUAUUCCAUGUACAAUCAGCAAUAAUGUUCCGGGAACGUCACUUUCGCUUGGUUCUGAUACAGCUGUUAACGAAAUUUGCGAAAUGAUUGACAAAAUCAAACUAUCAGCUACUGGCACUAAGAGACGAGUUUUCAUUAUCGAAACAAUGGGUGGAUUUUGUGGUUAUUUGGCAACUAUUUCGGCGUUGGCAUCUGGAGCUGACAAUGCUUAUAUCUUUGAAGAGCAAUUUAAUGUCUCUGACAUUAUGGAUGAUGUAAAGGUUAUUAUUAGUAAAAUGCGUACCGGCGUGCAGCGUUACUUAAUUGUACGUAACGAAUGUGCUAAUAAAAAUUAUACUACAGAAUUUGUGAAUCAGUUGUUCGCUGAAGAGGGAAAGGGGGCGUUUUCGACAAGAACCAAUGUGCUGGGGCAUGCGCAACAAGGUGGAAACCCAACACCAUUCGACCGUAAUAUGGGAACAAAACUUGCAGCCCGUGCAUUAGAGUUCAUUAUUUCGCAAAUAGUGAAAUAUGUUGACCCAAAAGCUGGUAUUGUAAAUGCCGUUUCUCCGGAUAGUGCUACACUGUUAGGAUUGAUGGGUCGUCGUACGGUAUUUACACCAGUGGAAAAGCUAUCGCUGGAAACUGAUUUCGAACAUCGUGUACCGAGGCACCAAUGGUGGAUGAAGAUGAGACCGCUGCUAAGAAUAUUAGCUAAACAUGAUUCUACAUACCGGACGGAAGCUAUGAUGGUACCGGAGGUGGAGGGUGAAAGCAGUUGA